AUGCACACGGGCGGAUGCGCUGCCCAAGACGUGUGUGACGGAGACUGCAGCACCACCACUAAGCCCCCUCGGGCACAAACCGCUGCGCUGACGACUGCCGGCCGGGAAUUUGUCGUGCCUUUCGGGGAGCCCUGUUCACACGGCUCGUCGUUGUGUGUGGUUAGAGUACGGAUAGGAGUUAGUAUGAUGUUGAUGGGCCGUUGCCAGUUUUUUUUUUACCCGAUCCCCAGACUCGCACCCCAAGUUUUUUUUUUCGAAAGACGUCACUGCGCCGCAGUCGUCACCGCAAGGCAGCAUGUUUCGUCAGAAUAUAAAGGUGAAGAUGAAGAACUAGCGCUCACCCUGCCAAUGCGGGAUAAGUUGCCAAUGGCAAAUGCUUAG